AUGCCUUCAAGGACGGGAAUACGGUCGGACCGGGGUAAGUUGACGGCCCUCCGAGCGCGGGCGGUGUUGGAUGCGGCGCGAAGAGGCCCGGAGGAGAUGGAGUGGGCCGCCGCGAAGGACGCCCUGAUCGCGGGAUUUGACGCCCCGACCGACCGCCAGCGGGCCUUGUGGAGCUUCAGGACGGCGCAGCUCGAAGUUGGCUUAGACCCCUUGUCGCAUGCUGUGACCCUGCGCGCCCUGUUGAAUCGAGCCCUCCCAACGUUGGAUGAUGUCACGCGUUCAGUAGCACAUUCCAUAUGUGAUACAUAUCGAAUUCACUAG